ACACAGCUGCUGCGUUAAAGCGCGCAGGUGAGCGUUGAAGGAGAAAGGGGGGGAUCGAGAGAGAAAGAGAGAGAGAGGGAGAGAGGGGAGGAAGCCUCGGAGGCCAAUCCAUAAAAUGAAUUCAGACUCCAGCCCGAGCAGCAGAGCCUCAUCCCCGGACAUGGAUGCCAUGUUCCUCCGAGAGCACCUCCCUAGCCACCACUUCCAUCACUUGCACCCGCACCUGCAGGCCCACCUGCACCACCACCACCCCGUCUCGUCUUCCACGCAGAGCGGCAAGAUGUCCGAGUCCAAGUCGGCCUCAUCUUCGUCAUCGGUGGAGAGCAGCAGCGGCGGAGUUGGCGGCGGAGGAGGAGGAAGCAACAAGUUCAAACUGAAGAAGCAGGUGACCGAGGAGGAGAUGUACCAGCUGCGCUUAAAGAUUAACGGCCGCGAGCGCAAGCGCAUGCACGACCUCAACCUGGCCAUGGACGGCCUGCGCGAAGUCAUGCCCUACGCGCACGGACCUUCCGUGCGCAAGCUGUCCAAGAUCGCCACGCUGCUGCUGGCCCGGAACUACAUCCUCAUGCUCAACAGCUCCCUGGACGAGAUGAAGCGGCUGGUGGGCGAGAUCUACGGCGGCCAACACUCGGCCUUCCACUGCGGAACGGUGACGCAUCCUGGAGCGGCGGCCGCGGCGGCGGCUGCUGCAGCCGCAGCGGCGGCCGCACACCAGGUCCACCCGCUUCUGGGCGGCGGCCUGUCGUCCUCCGCGACAUCCACCACGUCGUCCACCCUUCCCGCGCUCACCUCCAUCCGGGCCCCGCACCCCAUGAUGAAAGGCUCCCCGGGCGCCGGGCCCCCGAGCCUGCAGCUGGGCUCCGGGUUCCAGCACUGGGCCGGCUUGCCGUGUCCGUGCGCCAUCUGUCAGGUGCCGCCUGCUCCACCUCCUCCCCCUCCUCCUCCAACCCACAUCCCCAUCACCUCCUCCGGCCUCACGAGACUCACGGGGGAGGCCAAGGACGGCAUGAAAUGAUACCGAAAUUCGGCCAUCAUUUCCAAGGACUUUUGAGGGCAUGACGAGCGCGGAUUCGUGCAUGUUAAUUGUUUUCUUGUUGGGUCCAUAUGAGAAAAUAUGUGUUGAUUCCCUCCUUGUACCAAGGACUCGUGCUACACUAAAGACCGAUGAUUUCAAACUUGAAGGUCGAACAAAACAAAACAAAAAAACAGACUAAAAAGAAAAAAAAAUGUGCAUGAACAUUUCCGUUCUCUUUAUUUUGUGAAAAUGAAGAAUGCUCUUUGUGCCUUGUACCAAGGAUUUACACUAAAAAAAAAGUGAGUUCCCCCAUUGAAAUUUCAUUUUCCCUCCCUUUGCAAAAAUGUAGGAAACACUGGCUUUAUGAUUUUAUAAUUUAACUUUUCAUUAGUGGCUUGUACAAGCAUCUGAAUUGUUUUCUCAUAUUGUUGCGCAUGUUGCUCAAUUUGUUAUGCCCAGAGACUGUGUGUCUUUAUUUUUUUAC